AUGGCUGACGAAAUAUCUGAAAAAGAUAUUCAAGGAUGUGUAAAAGAUAAAAAUGGCGACUUAGAUGCAAAUGCACCGAAUCCUGUCAAUCCACAUCCUCAGAAUAAUGAGGAUUGUCCUACACCAAAACCAACAACGACGACGAUAGAAGAUUUACCUGCUCCAACACCGGUCUCAUUGAAAUCACCUCAUAUUACUCGUCCACCUCAACGACCUGGUCCAGCCCUUGGACCUUAUUAUCAAUUUUUAACUACUGAUUUGAAUCAAAUGCUAUGGUACGGUAGUGCACUGAUAUUUCGUGAAAUUUCUUUCGAUCAGCCAACAAUUGAUUUCUUCUGUGAACCAAAGUUAGACUAUAGUUGGGAAGUUUUAUAUGAUAAUAUUUUUAACAUGCGUGCUUAUCGUGUAAAUAUCUCCAUAGAAUUACGUGAUGGUGAAGGUGAUGAUAAAAUUCACUGGAAAAUGAAUUGGGGUGAUCGAAUAACCGAAGGUGUAUUUCGUAUACCACGCUACAAUCAAAAAUGGCGUGGUGGAUUUUUCUCUUGCAAUGGUUUUGAUGCCACGGUACCUGAACAAACAAAAUCCGAUUUGACAUUCGGUGACGUUUGGGAACAUUUAAAUUCUGUUCACGAUGAAACACCUCUACAUAUCUUAAUAUGGGGUGGUGAUCAAAAUUAUAUUGAUUUUAUGUUUGAAGAUAUCCCGUACCUCAAAGAAUGGGUGGAAAUGGAAUGGAAUUCAAAGUGGACAUGUGAUUUUCGAGAUGAUUUACGUGAACAAGUUGAGGAAUACUAUUUCAAUUCUUAUGUGCAAAAUUGGGAACGACCAGAAGUUAAAAAUGCUUUAGCAUCAAUUCCAAGUGUGAUGAUGUGGGAUGAUCAUGAUAUAUUCGAUGGAGCAGGAUCAUAUCCUCCUUUACUUCAUGAUAGUCCAAUGAUGACGGGCCUGUUUAAUGCAGCACAAAAACUUCGUCUGCUGUUUCAACAUCAAACAACAAAAGAAAAAGCUCGAGAACAUGGCUUAUUCGGCUAUCAAGGAUACAAUUUUCUUUCUCAAUGUGGACCAGAUUUACUUCUGGUUGGCUGUGAUGGACGUACAGAACGCAGUACAGAGACAGUUCAACACGCGCAAAGUUGGAAUUUGAUAUUUAAUAAAUUAGAAGAACAUGCAUCAAACAUUACACAUUUGAUCGUUUUAUUUCCUGUUCCAUUUUCGUUUGUUCGAUUUAAAUUAGCUGAGACGAUAUUCGAGCAUUUCAAAAAUCUUCCUAACAAAUAUCGACAUCUUCCCGUUGUUAAACAGACGAACUCAAUAUUUGGUUUACCAGAAUUAUACGAUGAUCUUCUCGAUGAAUGGACCCAUAAAGCGCAUAUCGACGAGCGUAAUCGUGCCUUAGCACAAUUUCAAGAAUUAGCUGAAAACAAACGAAUUAGAAUAACGUUUUUCAGUGGUGACGUACAUUGCUGUGGGAUAAGUCGAUUUCGAACAAGAAAUCAAACAGGAUUGAUACCAAUUCAUGAUAGUAAAUUGAUGUAUCAAGUUAUCUCUUCGGCCAUUGUGAAUAUUCCACCAUCCCGACGAGCACUCCGCGUCGCUCAUUAUGUUAAGACAAAAUGGCAUCCAAUCGAUAAUACUGAUGAAGAACUAAUUGAUUUUUUUCCACGUUUACCUGAAACAGGAAGAAAGAUAGCACACAAAAAGUUACUUUCCAAUCGAAACUGGUGUUAUUUCGAAAUAUGCGAAGAAACUAAUUCAACAGUUUAUAAUAAUUCAAGCACUGAUCUGUUCCGUCGUCAUUCGAAAUCGAAAGAACAGAAUGCAGCUGCGACAGAUUUAGGUCCAACAUCAACGGAGGAUGGACAAGGAGGAUCGAGAUCUCCAAUACAUCGACAUUCUCAUCGUGGCUCUUGCUCAGCGAAGAGAGAGGUUGGAGAAGAAGAAAUCGGAACAAAAUCAUUGAAAACUCGACUCUGGUUAGAAAGCGGCAAAAAACAUAAAGAAGGAAGACGAUUUGUCAGUUAUGAGUUAUUAAUUCCAAAUCUUAUUUAG